AUGAGCCAGGACACUGCAGAGACACGAACACGAACCCGCUCCAAAGGCAUCCGGGUGUCGUCAGAACUUGUGGGACAAGAGAUGAAGCAGGAGUUAAGCAGCUGUCCCACCCCCGGAUGUGACGGCAAAGGCCAUGUCAGCGGAAGAUACUCACGACAUAGGAGCGUCCUGGGAUGCCCGAUUGUGAAGAAAAGGAAGCUGGAGGAGGCUGAGGCAGAGGAGAACCAGUCUGCUCCGAAGAGGAGGAACCAGCCUGUCAAACAGGCAGCAGAGGAAGAUUUCACCGCAGACAGCGACGCAGCAGAGGAGCAAGAGGAGGAAGAGGAGGAAGAAGAUCUCAAAGAGAAGAAGAAAAACAAGACCAAAAGCAGGCCAGAGGCAAUAAAAACAGACUGCUCACUGGGGACAGCAGAGGACACAGAAACAGCAGUUUGUGCUGCAGCUGAAGAUGGCAAGAGAGAAAGCAUUGCAUCAGAGACUGAGAAUGAAACUGAAAGUGAGAAAAGCGAGAACACGAAGCCAGUAAUCCUCACUGAUGAUCAUCAAAAGGAGAAAACAGAGACAAAGGAGGAUGAGGAAGGUCAGCUGGUGAAGUGCCAGGCAUCAGAACAAGAACUGGGGUUCAAUGAGCUUAAAACAACAAAGGAAGAGGAGGAAGAGGAAGCAGAAGCAGAAGGUGACGAACAGGAAGAAGAAAAGGAAGAGGAAGAGGAGCAAGACAGGCAAGAGAAUAUUCUAGAAGAGAAAGAGGUAGAAAGACAGAUGUUAAGCCAGGAAAACUCUGAUCACCAGUACUCCAGUGGAGAUUAUAACCAUCAGGCCAAAGAAUCAUCAGAGGAGCAGAGUAACAGGGAGGAACGGGAAGAGCAGGAGGACGAGGAGGAGGAGGAAGAAGAGGAAGAGGAGAAAGAACAGGAGGAAGAAGAGGGAGAAGAGAAUGAGGUCCACCAAGAGGUUGAUACUCCUGACACUUUGAGUCCACACACUCAGGGAUCUGAAGCCGAGGUGUCUCUCAGGGAAGAAAAGACCAACACCCCCGUGACUGAGGAAGAGGAGGAGGAUGAAGAGCAGGAGAAGGAGAGAGAGGAAGAGGAAGAGGAGCGGCAGGAGAAAGAAGCAGGUGAGGUGGUGGAGGAAGAAGAGGAGGAUCGAGACUCCAGCAAAGCCUCUCCGACUACAGUGGUCAUAGAAGUCCGCUCUGAGGAGGACGAUGACGAGGAGGAGGAGGAGGAGGAGGAGGAGGAGGAAGAAGAGGAGGAGGAGGAGGACGGAGAGGAGCAGGAUCGUGUGUCAGAGGGCUCAGGAAUCACAGAUGACUCGGAGAACUGGGACAUGACACGGGGGAACCUGGGGCUGCUGGAGCAGGCUAUUGCCCUGAAGGCAGAGGAGGUGAAGGGGGGUCAGGAGGCCCAAAGCUCCCCAGAAUACCACCCAUACAGCACCUCGAGCAAGAGCUCAGAGCCUGCUGCCGCAGCCCGCCGCUCCGCCCACUACAGCAAAGAGAAGAAGGAAGUGAAGUGUCCAACCCCAGGGUGUGAUGGGACAGGCCAUGUGACUGGGCUGUACCCUCACCAUCGCAGUCUAUCUGGAUGUCCUCACAAAGACAGAAUCCCCCCAGAGAUCCUGGCCAUGCAUGAGAACGUCUUGAAGUGUCCGACUCCUGGCUGCACAGGCCAAGGCCAUGUCAACAGUAACCGCAACACACAUCGCAGUCUGUCCGGCUGCCCCAUCGCAGCUGCAGCCAAGCUGAACAAAAACCAGGACAAGCAGGUUCAUUUACAAGCUUCAGCCAGCGAACCCUCUUCCAACUCUGACAGAGUGCUCAGGCCCAUGUGUUUCGUGAAACAGCUGGAGAUCCCUCAGUAUGGCAGCUACCGGCCCAACACGGUGACCACCACACCUCGAGCUAACCUGGCCAAGGAGCUGGAGAAGUACUCCAAGGUGUCUUUUGACUAUGCAAGCUUUGACGUCCAGGUGUUUGGAAAGCGUAUGCUCAUUCCAAAGACAUCCAGCAGCACUGAAACAUCACCCAAAGCCUUCAAAUCUAAAUCAUUUCCUAAGGCCUCCUCCCCCACUCAGAGUGUGUCAGGAGGCUUUUCUAAGAGCACCGCAUCCUCCAGUGGUUAUGACUACAGCCAAGAUGCAGAGGCAGCCCACAUGGCAGCAACAGCCAUCCUCAACCUGUCCACCCGCUGCUGGGAGAGACCAGAGACCCUCAGUACCAAGCCCAGGGAACCCUGCACCAAGGAGUCGGACAUUGAAGUGGAUGAGAAUGGCACCUUGGAUCUCAGCAUGAAGAAGACCAAGAGGGAGGGCAUGCAGCCUCCAGAGCCUUCAUCCUCCUCAUCUUCAUCCUCUCAACACAUCGGAGCCGCCUUGUCUCAGGGCCACACUCAGUCAGAGUGGGAGGGGCCGCUGGACUUCACUAAACCAAGUGGAGUUAAAGAGGAAGACCACGAAGAGGUGGAGUAUGCAGCUCCCUCAUACACCUCCUCUGAUGGAGAGGAAGAAGACCAGGAGAACCUGGAGGACAGGAAGUACCCCGGUGAGGUCACCACCAGCAGCUUCAAGGUCAAGUUUCAGCCCAAAGACAGCAAAAAAGAGGUUCUUGUAUGUCCCACCCCAGGAUGUGAUGGCAGUGGACACAUCACUGGCAACUAUGCCUCACAUCGAAGUCUGUCAGGCUGUCCUCUUGCUGAUAAAUCACUUCGGACCCUCAUGGCUGCCCACACAGCUGAACUAAAGUGUCCGACUCCAGGUUGUGACGGGUCAGGCCACAUCACUGGAAACUAUGCUUCACACAGAAGUCUGUCCGGAUGCCCUCGAGCCAAGAAAGGCGGGGUCAAAUCAACCCCCACCAAGGAUGACAAGGAAGACUCCGAGCUGUUGAGGUGUCCAGUUCCUGGCUGUGACAGUCUAGGCCACAUCAGUGGGAAGUACGCCACCCACCGCAGUGCCUACGGCUGUCCGCUGGCAGCACGGCGGCAGAAAGAAGGUCUUCUUAACGGGACUCCAUUCUCCUGGAAGGCCUUCAAGACCGAGGGCCCGACCUGCCCGACACCAGGCUGCGAUGGCUCAGGACACGCAAACGGCAGUUUCCUGACACACCGCAGUCUGUCAGGUUGUCCCAGAGCAUCGGCAAACAAGAAGAGAGCCAAGUUCCCCGGAGAUGAGUAUAUCACUGCGAAAUUCAGAGCCAGCGACGUUCUGGACAACGACGAGGACAUCAAGCAGCUCAACAAGGAGAUCAACGAGCUGAAUGAGUCCAACUCAGAGAUGGAAGCUGACAUGAUGAACCUGCACACUCAGAUCUCUUCAAUGGAGAAAAACCUGAAGAGCAUGGAGGAGGAGAAUAAACAGAUCGAAGAGAGGAAUGAGGCCCUGUUCCUGGAGCUAUCUGGCCUGAGUCAGGCCCUGAUCCGCAGCCUGGCCAACAUCCACCUGCCCACCAUGCAGGAGCCGCUGUCAGAGCAGAACUUCGACAGCUAUGUUGAAACCCUGACUCACAUGUUUACCAAUAAAGACUGCUACCAGAACCCUGAGAACCGGGCUCUGCUCGAGUCCAUCAACCAGGCGGUGAAGGGCAUCGAAGUGUGACAGACCAGAGGACAGGCGGCUGGGCAUCACAGUGACAACACCAACC